UGCCGGCUGGGCCGCCGCCGCUGCCGCAGGCGCCGCUCGCCUCUCAUAUGGUGCACGGGCUCAUGACGUACCAGCAGGCACCGCUUGGCGCCGGUCACGUCACCUACGGCGAGAACCUGUCGGUGAAACCGGACGGCGCGACGGUGGUGUACUCGGGAGCCGGCGCCACGCCGCUCUCGUCCGCCGCGCAGAGCUCACACGUGGGGACGAGUGUGACAGUGUCUGUAACCAGCUCUCUGCACACGCUGUCGAACGCCAGCAGCGCCAGUGUCCACCUGCCGCAGACACACCCGAUGGCCAUCAGAAGACCGACGUCGGCGAUGGCGGCGGCCAUGGUGAUCGGUGCGGUGAGCGCGGCCAAGCCCGGCUCGCUGUCGGCCGCCGGGCAGGCCGGCGCCGCCCAGGCCGCCGCCGACGCGGCCGCCGCCCAGCCCAGCUACCAGCGGCUCAAGGUCGAAGACGCGCUCUCGUACCUGGAUCAGGUGAAGUCCAAGUUCCAAAACAACCCGGAGGUGUACAACGACUUCCUCGACAUCAUGAAGGAGUUCAAAGCUCAGAAUAUCGACACGCCAGGCGUGAUCACGCGCGUCUCCAGGCUGUUUUGUGGCCACCCGGCGCUCAUCGUCGGCUUCAACACGUUCCUGCCGCCCGGCUACAAGAUCGAAGUCCAGUCGACCAACGACCGUUUGCAGGUGUCGAUGACGGCGCCAGGCCAGGUCACCACCGUGGUGCAGACGCCCACCGGCGACUUCCAGACGUAUUCGGACACGGUGGGCCCGGUCCCGCCGCCGCCGCCGCCGCCGCCGCCUCCGCAGCAGCAGCAGCAGCCGCCACCACCGCAGCCGCAGCAGCCGACGGCCGGCGCGCCCGGCGCCGCCCCCAAACCCAGCCACCAGCCGAGCGGCCAGCCGCCCAGGAGCAACUACGGCACCAACAACAUCCUGUCUUCGUUGGGCGGCCCGUCGGGCGCCGGCGGCGGCCACCAUGUCACCUCGCACCACUCGUACAACCAGCCACCGCCGGCGCCGGUGGUGCCGCAGCCGGCGCCGGCCGUCGCCACCGCCGCUGCCGCCGCCGCAGCCGCAGCCGCGGCCGCGGCCGCGGCUGCCAACAUGCCCAACCAGGGCGUGGGUGGCGCGCAGCAGAGCCAGCCGGUCGAGUUCAACCACGCCAUUAACUACGUCAACAAGAUCAAGAACCGGUUCCAGGGCCAGCCGGACGUUUAUAAGCAGUUCCUGGAGAUCCUGCACACGUACCAAAAGGACCAGCGCAGCCUGAAGGAUGGUCUGCCGCCCAGCGGGCCUUCGUUGACCGAGACGGAGGUGUACGCCAAGGUGGCCACCCUCUUCCAGAGCCACGAGGACCUCAUGGACGAGUUCGGGCAGUUCUUACCAGACGCCACCAACGGCAACGCUAUCACCGCCGUCAACAACUCUCGCUCUGUGAAUCAGGAUCACGCCCUGGGCCUGAAGAAGCCCAUGAAGCCAAGCUUCCAGCCGACGGCGAAGCAGCAGCUAAAGCGGCCUCUGCCGACGCCGCCGGUAGCGUCCGUGCCCAGCAAGAAGCCGCGUGUUGGCGUCGGCGUAGUCAAAGACGUGACUUUGGCCGAGGCCGGCAAGUACGCGUCGCUCAACGAGUACGCCUUCUUCGACGAGGUGAGGAAGACACUGAAAAACCAAGAUUCUUACAACAACUUUUUGCGCGUGCUCUCCCUGUACAACACGGAGAUCAUAUCUCGGCUGGAUGUCAUCCAGUUAUUGUCACCAUUCCUCGGAAAACAGCCGGUCUUGCUGAAGUGGCUGAAGGAUUUCAUGGGUGUCAAGGAGGGCCGCGAGACGGUGGAGCCCAUCCCGCUGGGCAUGGCCAAACAGGAGCGUGUCUCCGGUGAUCAGGCCAUCGAGAUAGACUACUCCACGUGCAAGCGUCUGGGCGCGUCGUACUGCGCGCUGCCCAAGUCGUACCCGCAGCCGCGCUGCUCGGGCCGCACCCAGCUCUGUCGCGAGGUGCUCAACGACACCUGGGUGUCGUUCCCCUCCUAUUCGGAGGACUCGACGUUUGUUACGUCACGCAAGACCCAGUACGAGGAGUACAUCUACCGCUGCGAGGACGAGCGGUUUGAGCUGGACAUGGUGCUGGAGACAAACCUCUCCACUAUCCGCAUCCUGGAGGGCGUGCAGAAGAAGUUGUCGCGGAUGGCGCCAGAGGACGCGGCGCGCUACCGGCUGGACGACUGUCUAGGCGGCACCUCGCCCACCAUCCACCAGCGCGCCGUGCGCCGUAUCUACGGCGAUAAGGCCACCGACAUCGUCGACGGCCUGAAGAAGAACCCGAUCGUGGCCGUGCCUGUGGUGCUGCGCCGACUCAAGGCCAAGCAGGACGAGUGGCGCGAGGCGCAGAAGGGCUACAACAAGAUCUGGCGGGAGCAGAACGAGAAGUAUUACUUGAAGUCGCUGGACCCGCAGGGGGUCAACUUCAAGCAGAACGACGUGAAAAUGCUGCGCUCGAAGGCACUGCUCAACGAGCUGUACACGCUGUUCGACGAGCGUCACGAGCAGCUAGAGGAGGCGGGUGACCCGUCGUCGAGCGGCGGUCCACACACAGAGUUCGUGUACGCCAACAAACACCUGCUGAACGACGCUGCGAACCUCAUCAUCCACCACGUGAAGCGGCAGACGGGCAUCCAGAAAGAGGACAAGGCCAAGAUCAAGCACCUGCUGCGCCAGACGCUGCCUGGCAUGUUCUAUCACCCCAAACAGGAGCUCAGCGACGACGAGCGCGACGACGACGACGAGGCUGACGCCGACGACGAGUCUGACGACGACGAGGCCUCGCGGCCGUCAGAGCGGCGCACGCGCAGCCAGAAGCUGCGCCGCUCCGAAGCGCGCCGCGGCCCCGAGCGUAAGCUGAACGGUGCGCCGGGCGCCGCCGAUCCCGGUGAGCCGGCCGUCGACGACGACGCCGGCGAGUGUUACACGCUUUUCAUGGCAAGCAGCAACUGGUAUCUGUUCCUGCGGCUGCACCACAUCCUGUGCGAGCGGCUCAAUAAAAUCUACGAGCGCGCCGUCAUCAUGGCAGCCGAGGAGGAGCAGAACAAGAAGCUGCGCACAGAGUCCACAGCCAUCGCGCUCCGCCUCAAGCCCAAGAACGAGAUCGACAUUGAGGAUUACUACCCCGCCUUCCUGGACAUGGUGAAAAACGUAUUGGACAACAACAUGGACUCUUCUCAGUUUGAGGACACCCUCCGUGAGAUGUUCGGCAUCCACGCGUACAAUGCCUUCACCACGGACAAGAUCGUCUCGGGCGCUGUGCGCCAGCUGCAGCACAUCGUUACUGAGACCGUGGCUCAGAUGACUCUGAAGGAGUACCUGCUCGAAUCGGCGAACGGUGGCGCCGGCGGGCCCUGUGUCGCCGCCGAACAGCGCGAAGCUCGUGAGACGGCCUACACCAAACGGGUCGAGCAAAUGCUGACGGAAGAGAACGAGCACUGCAUGAAAAUAUACCUGUUCAAAAACGCGGCGCGCAUGACGGUCGAGCUGCUGGACACGACCGACUCGGAGGACUCUGAGGACUGCUUCAACGAGGAGAAGCGCCGCUCCAACUACCAGGAGAAGUACGCCUCGCCGAGCCACCAUACCGACGACGAGCUGAAGGCGCAGAACAUGAACCUGCCGCUCUUCCUGCCGCGCAUCGUGCGCCGCAUGCGGCGGCUCGUCUUCCCGCCGGGCGUCGGCGUCAAGCGCGAGCGCGACGACACCACGCCCACCUCGUCCGGCGACAGGGACAACGAUGACGAGUCAAGCAUGGACGUGGACGCCGGCGACGCGUCGCCCGACGCCAGCCGCAAGCCCAAGCGGAAACCGGAGCCGCUCGACAUCGACGGCGACGAGCACUUCAAGCUGGCCGCCAACUACCGCAUGAUGCGUGUGGUCGACAGCGGGGACUAUCUGCACAAGCGGGGCGCGCUCACCAAGGCCCGACGGACGCACUGCCAGGUGUCGUGCCAUCUGAGCGCGCGGUUCCGCGCCUGGCACGACCGGUGGCUGGAGCACCACGUGUCGGCGCGCCAGCAGCAGCUCUGCACCGACUGGCUGCUGGGCCGGCUGGACGGCAUCAAGCCCAGCCGUACCAGCGUGCUGCGCAACAACGACCUGCAGCGGGCGCCGUACGCGCCCUACAGCCGGUACCGGGUCGAGUGGCUGGAGGUCGGCCCGCCCCCGCCAGCCUCCAGUGUUGCCGCGAUUGACAAGUGAACGCGCGCCACCGAAGGUGUCUUGUGCGACCGGAGGGCGGCGGCUGGUCCCGGCCUCCGCCGCCACCGCGCUAUUGACGUGAACUGUGCCUGUCGGACGCUCGCCGACGGCGGACUAAGUCAGCCAGGCAGACAGCACGCGGCGACGACAGUGAUCGGAGAGGCGCGCCGGCGCCGGCGCGUGGCGGCUGCGCUCGUCGGGGUGCCGCACCGCCGACCGCGCAGAGUGCGGAGAUGGCGGCGCGGGGGCUGCGAGCUGCGGCGGAACUCCCCGGCUGCACCCUGGCCUAGUGUUUGUGUGUUGGAGGAAUACUUGAACCGUGACGCAUUUGGACGGGCCGACCGCGUCCCGGAUGGCGGCGCGGAGACAAACAGCAGGCCGGCUGUGAUUGGCUGACCACGGCCGGCGCCGCACGUACAAAGCCGUCCGGCCCGCCUCGCGGCGCCGCGAUAAUUUAUAAAUGAUGUUUGUACCGUGUUUGGUCGUGUAUUGACCGCCCAUUGCCUCUGACGAUUCAAGUAUUCUGUCUUAUUGUACUGUCUUUAAGUGUAAGUGCUCACUUGUCUUGAACUUAGAUAUAGAAUACAUCGCUGGCGGCCAGGCA